AGCUGGUGACUGGUGGUGUUGGUGGCGGCGACGGUGGUGGUGGCGGUGGUGCCGGUGUUGGUGGUGGUAGAGGCGGCGGCGGUGCUGGAAGAGGCCUCCACAUGUGGAAACCUGUGUUGCAACAGCGUGUAGGCAUGAUGCCUAUCAUUAUCAACUCUGGCACGGGCAAUGGAACAGAAUUGAUCUACGGUACCUGUAUGCCUGAUGCCUGUACCGCGAGGCAGCUUGAGGAGAGCCUCCUUCAGGAAUAUGCUGCAAAUGACUAUAAAAUCGAGAGCGUAACUUGUCAACCAGAUGAAAUAUGGAGUACUUUCACCGCAGGUGAUAUUGUGUAUACGACACUGGUGAGUGUGUUGGUGUUGCUGGUGUUGGUAGCUGGUAUUAUUGACAUGUAUAUUGAGAAAACCAACAACACAUCGCUGGCCCAGGGUGGUGUUCGCUUCCUCCUGCCCUUCUCACUCUACACUAACACCAGGAAGCUCUUUGACUUCUGUGAUGAGAAACCUGGUGUCAUCAGCUGUGUUCAUGGUAUCAAGGUGUUGUCCAUGACGUGGGUGGUGUACGGGCACCAGCAGAGCAUACCAUACCCCUUCUUCUUCAAUACCAAUGGGAUUUGGAAGAAAAUCAAUGGGUUCCUGUACCAAGUAAUCGCCGGGUCGUACCCCAGCGUGGACACGUUCUUCCUGGUGGGCGGGUUAUUGCUCUCCUACACUGUCUUCAAGCAACUCAACAACGCUGUAAAAUUCAAUAUCAUCCUCUUCUAUUUACACAGACUCAUCAGGUUAAUCCCAUCCAUUGGCAUGGUCGCUGGAAUGUAUGCCACAGUGGCACACUUCUUUGUGGCUGGCCCAUCUGCUGAAAACUGGCACUACUGGCAGAAAGGGUGCCAGAAAAUCUGGUGGAGAGAUGUUUUCUUCCUUGAUAACUUUCUACCUGAUCCAAUUAGUCCAGAUGCAGCAGGAAAUUGCAUGGAUCAGUGUUGGUACCUGGCAGUGGACAGUCAGCUCUACUUGGUAUCUCCCCUCAUCCUGCUACCACUGUAUUACUACAGUACUGUAGGAAGUGUGUGGUUUUAUCUGCUCUCACUGGCAUCUGUUUUCAUACCUGCUGGCAUCAUAUAUCAUAAUGAUUUACCACCAGCUUCAGUACUUGAUGAUCCAAAAAGUGAUGAGUACAUCAACCUUGUAUAUUUAAUGCCAUGGUGUCGUGCUGGGCCCUGGCUGGUGGGCAUCUGGCUGGGUUAUCUUAUCUAUAACCAAGGCAGCAAGAAAGCCACCCUCGAGAAGUGGCAGGUGGUGGCAGGCUGGACAGCCGCUGUGAUUACUGGCUUCCUGGUUGUCUUUGGUAUAUGGAGCUACAACACAGUUCCUCCAAUGGUUGAGUACGAUGUUGUUACACAAGUGGUGUACGGUGGCUUACACCGCUAUGCCUGGGCUUGUGCCGUUGCUUGGGUCAUAUAUGCCUCUCACAACGGCUAUGGAGGUCUGGUGAAUGAGUUCCUCUCUCACCCAGUGUGGCAGCCACUCAGCCGCUUAACAUUCACCUUAUAUCUGGUAGCUCUAUCAUUGCAGAAUUUAAUAAGCUACAACAGUAAGAUCCCAUAUUACUUCACACACCUCAACAAGGUGAUUGAGACGGUGGGAGCCUUGGUGAUCUCUGGUCUCCUGGCAUCGGUGGUCUACCUCACCGUGGAGGCUCCCAUCAUUGGUCUGGAAAGAUGCUUACUCACACCACCUGACCGUACUCGCAAGACCCCAGAAGACGAGUCUACACUCUCAGGACAAGACAACUUGGCGUUUAAGACUGAGACAGAAGACUCAGUUGGUGUUAAUACUGACCUUGGUUCACCGGACGAAGUCUAAGAUAAACUAAAAAUAACUCAGUUUCGAGUAUAAAAGUAUAAUAGCUAGUAGCAACCUUGCAACAUUCACUCAGCAGUGUACAAUUAUGUAAACAAAAAUACUUGAAUAAAGUUACGAAUUUCAGUAAGACUCA